AGAGUUAUAUUGAUUAUUGACGAGAUAUCUUCACCGUAAGCCAACAGUGGGUUAACUCCGAAUCGUAAGUGCAAACACGAUUACAUCUAAUCUAUUCUGGUGUUCCUCUCCCAUGUGCGCUCUCCCUCUCUAAUGGUGUACGUUGAUAUCUUAUCUCCCACUAAUGUAAUCUCUGGAGCGUUUAAGCGUUAAAAAAACAAUUACUCAAUCCAUGAUUGGAUUUUGGUUUUGAUUAUUUGAUUGUGCCUGGGCUCCAAUUUUCUGAAUUAUCGGGGAUAGAAAAAUUCGCUAGGGUUAGAGGUCGAUGACGACGAAGAAGCGACCUAGAAUGAGUUUCGACUCCGCGAUUGUGGAUGUAUGGAGACGAGAGCUCGGCCAGCUUUCCUCUAGGAACUUCGCUAACCGCCUUGCCGCCUCUGAGGAUCUAGUGCUUCGUCUUGAUAUCCUGCGAAAACUAGAUAGGCAUCGUGGUUGCGUGAACACUGUUUGUUUCAAUGCAUCCGGUGAUGUUCUUGUAUCAGGUUCUGAUGAUAGGAGGAUCAUACUCUGGGACUGGGAGUCUGGUCGAGUCAAACUUUCUUUCCAUUCAGGUCAUGCUAACAAUGUUUUCCAAGCGAAGAUGAUGCCUUACUCAGAGGAUCAGAGCAUUGUUACAUGUGCUGCUGAUGGACAGGUGAGACACGCUCAGAUUCGUGAGAGUGGAGUGGAAACUAAACUGCUCGCAGAACAUGAGGGGCGAGUGCACAAAUUAGCCAUUGAGCCUGGAAGCCCUCACAUUUUUUAUACUUGUGGUGAGGAUGGAUUGGUUCAACAUAUUGACCUGAGAACUGAAAGAGCUACUAGGCUUUUAACUUGUCAGCCUCUUCUCCGCCAUAGUUUUUUUCGCAAUUUGCAUCUGAAUGCAAUUACCAUUGAUCCACGAAAUCCAAAUUUGUUUGCUGUUGGAGGAUCUGAUACAUUUGCUCGAGUUUAUGACAUUCGUAAAUAUAAAUGGAAUGGAUCAUCAGAAUUCGGUCAGCCUGCUGACUUCUUCUGCCCCAGUCAUUUAGUUGAUGAUAAAAGUGUGGGAAUAACUGGGUUGGCAUAUUCAAGUCAGAGCGAGCUUCUUGUGUCCUACAAUGAUGAGUUUAUAUACCUGUUUACAAAGGAUAUUGGAUUAGGGUCUAAUCCAUCCAUUUCUUCUCAAGUGUCCGACAGCAGUGAUGUUGGUGGAUUGACCACAGAUAAUCUUUGGGAGUCAUCCUUUUCAAAUGCUGAGGACAAUAUAAAAGCUGCUCCACAAUCCUAUAUAGGGCAUAGGAACUCCGAGACCGUGAAGGGAGUGAACUUUUUUGGCCCUAAAUGUGAGUAUGUUGUGAGUGGAUCAGAUUGUGGGCGAAUUUUCAUUUGGAACAAAAAAGGUGGGAAGCUUAUCCGAGUUAUGGAAGCAGACAAGGACGUAGUAAAUUGUGUUGAGACUCAUCCUCAUGCUACAGUGUUAGCCAGUAGUGGAAUUGAGAAUGAUAUAAAAAUGUGGGUUCCAAAAGCCAUUGAUAAAGCCAUUCUACCUGCAAAUAUUCAGAAGGAUAGGGUCCUGAAUUUGAUACCUCAAAGAUUUGGUUUCUUUUCCUUUGGUGAUUUCUAUGAUGAUGAUGACGACGACUUCAUCUAUUCGGACAUUGACGAUGAUACCUAUGAAGAAGAUGAUGACGACAAUGAAGAUGAAGAAGAUGAUGAUGAUAGUGACAGUGACAGUGACAGUGAUGGCAGUGAUGAUGAUGGCGAAGGUAAGGAUGACAGUGAUGAUGAUGACGAUGAUGAUGGCCAUUGUGACAACGAGGGCCAAACCACUGAGAACUACGGCCAUGGUGGGAAUGAGGUUUUGAAUGAGAGGUUGAAAGAGGAAGAUGAAAAUGAAAGAGGUGAUAGUACUGAUUUUGUUAUUGAUAGAGACUUAUAUGAAGACUGCGAAUUUGUUCCUGAUGAUGAAGGUGAUGGCGAAGAAGGUGACAGUGAUGAUGAUGGCGAUGGUGACAGCAAUGAUGAUGAUGAAGGUAAGGAUGACAAUGACAACGACAACGAUGAUGAUGGUGGUGGUGGUGGUGGUGGUGAUGGCCAUGGCGACAAUGGUGAACAUAUAACUGAGAACUAUGACCGUGGUGGGAAUGAAAUUUUGAAUGAGCAUGUGGAGGAGGAAGAUAAUAAUGAGGGAGGUGAUAGUACUGGUUUUGUUGUCGAUAGAGACUUAUAUCAGGACUGUGAAUUUGGUCCUGAGACGGGAUCCGAAGACGACACCCAAAUCGGGGGGUUGGAUGCACCGUAUGGUUUCUCCAGAGGAUCUGAUGUUGCAGCUUAUUUCUUUUCCGAGGCAGAGGACAGGCUCCGAGAACAAUGGAAAUCUUUCCAGUGAUCGAAGUGACCUGCUGCAGCUUCUUCUGACGUUUGACACCAACAGUGAUGAUGGUUCGGCCGACAGCAGCGACACUGCCGUUGUUGCUGAGGACUGUCCCAGUUGAGGGCAAUGUUAUUAUUAUGAAGAAUAAAAAGGUGUGUUUGCACCUUGUUAGCAUUAUUGCUACUGAAUCUCAACAUCUUUUGGUUUUCAUUUUCAGUGUUGCAGUAAGUUUCACCCUUUUGAAUUAUCAAGUUAGUUGUAUAUUUUUUGUUCAUUCUAUAUGACUAAAAUACGGAAAUCUAUAGGUUUGGUUAA